UGCUCCUUUCGCGGCAAAAAGGAUUUGGCGCGUAAAAGUGUCCGGGACUUUGCGGGGAUCAGCUGGAGAGACCAAAACAAGCUCCCGGCUCCGGCCCCAGUCCCGGCCUCUGCUCCGUCCUCCAGGCUCCUGUCCCAGCUCCAUCCGCCUGUGCCGAUCCGACCACUCCUAAGCCCCGUGGUCCAGGAUCGCGCAUGGGCCAGGACCCUCUCGGAGCUUCUAGCAGCCCGCGCUCCGGCCCCAGUCCGGGGUCCUGAGCCCUUGCCUGGCAGGCCGGGCCGCGCUGGGGACUAUGGAUCAGGGGUCCGGAGCAGGCUCCAGUGCCAAGACACCCGGCAGCGGAUAGGGCCCCGAGCGGCGGCCGCGGAAGCCCGCCCAGCUUCGGGCCGCGCCCCGCCCCGGCCCUCCCGGCCCCGCCGGCCCGUCCCUGCCCCUGGGAUGUGAGCCGGCGCCCGGGGGAGCGAGCAAACCUGCAGAGCCGCCAUGGCCCUGGACGGGAGCGGCGGCGGCGGCACGUGUGUGGCGGAGCUGGAGGCCCUGUUGGGGGCCGGGGGGCUGCAGCUGCUGGAGCAGCAGAUCGUCAUCAUCUCCACCCAGGACGAAGGCCCGCUCAGCGCCGCCGCUGUCCCCGUCACCGCCGAGGGGCCCCGAGAGGCCGAGCUGCUGCUGUUCGCCACGCCCCAGGCUCCCCGACCCGGAGCCAGCGGACCCAGGCCUGCCUUGGGCCGGCCUCCGGUGAAAAGGAAGCUGGACUUGGAAACAGACCAUCAGUACAUAGCUGAAGGCAGCCAGCCAGCCCGGGCCAGGCCCAGACCCCCUGGCAAAGGUGUGAAGUCCCCAGGGGAGAAGUCUCGCUAUGAGACUUCGUUGAACCUGACUACCAAACGCUUCUUGGAGUUGCUGAACCAGUCUACAGAUGGUGUGGUGGACCUGAACUGGGCAGCCGAGGUGCUGAAGGUGCAGAAACGGCGCAUCUAUGACAUCACCAAUGUGCUCGAAGGCAUCCACCUCAUCACCAAGAAGUCCAAGAACCACAUCCAGUGGCUGGGGAACCAUUCUGUAGCGGUCAACACUAGCAAGCACCAGAUGCUGGCCAAGGACCUGCAUCAUCUCCAGGAGGCUGAGAGGCAGCUGGAUGAUCUGAUCCAGAUGUGCACCGUUCAACUCAAACUGCUCACUGAAGAUGCCGACAAUCAGCACUUGGCCUAUGUGACCUGCCAAGAUCUACGCAGUAUAGCAGACCCUGCAGAACAGAUGGUGAUGGUGAUUAAAGCCCCACCGGAGACGCAGCUCCAGGCAGCAGACCCCGCCGAGGCAUUCCAGAUCUCUCUGAAAAGCAGCCGAGGUCCCAUUGAUGUGUUCCUGUGCCCUGAGGAAAGCUCUGAUGCAUGCAGUCCAGUGAAGAGUCCCUUCAAAGCAACUCCUGAGGAGACCAGCCUCAGUCUGGAGCCCACACCUCCACCCCAGCCACUGCCACCGCCACCCAGCCCCCUCAUCGCCUCCACGCAGGAAGGCAGCUUGCCCCUGCUCACCAGCGAGCAAGAAUCCCUCCUGUCCACGGCAAGCCCCACAUCCCUCAGAGCCUCGACAGAAGACGGACACUUGUCCCCACUAGUGUCUGUGGACAGCCUCCUGGAGCAGGUGAAGGAAGACUUCUCUAGCCUCCUGCCGGAUGAGUUCAUCAGCCUCUCCCCUCCCCAGGGCCAGGACUAUCACUUUGGCCUGGAGGAAGGGGAGGGCAUCAGGGAGCUCUUUGACUGUGAUUUUGGGGACUUCACCCCCCUGGAUUUCUGACACAAAGCAAAAGGAAGCUCCCCAGGUCCAAGAGCAGGUUAAGGGGCUCGGGGAGCAGAGGGGGAUAUCACAGGGAAAGGGAGGAUGCCUGGAUUGAGCUGCAAAGAGUCAGACUCCUGGAGAGGUAUGGCUGCUCGAGGGAUAGUCUUGUAUGUGGGCAGCCAGACUGGGCUCACUAGGGCUCUCACCAGCUUUCCUUUCUUAAGUGCUUUGAUAUACCCAAAGCUGCUGUAGCCUCAGGCCCAUCUCUCUCUCCCCCACCUCACCCUUUCUAAGACUUCCCAGGAGAGGAUCUCUGAUCUGCCGGAGCAUCUACCCAAAUGAUCGGAUUUUGUUGCAAAGGCCACCUAAUUUAUUUCCCCUUUCCCUGGUCCCCUCUCCCCCCCACACCCCCUUAGGCCUGGCCUCCUUGGUGGGCUAGAGUUCUCCUGUCCUAAAGGGGGUCGGAGAGCCUAGCGAAUGCCCUCGAAGGGAGGAAGCCAGCAGCGGGUGUGGAUGCUUGUGUGUGCUGGGAGCAUUAAGUGCACUUUUGCUCAUCUUCUCAAUAUGUAGGUCUUGGAGGCUGGCUGAUCCUUUCUGGGAUCUGAGUCUUAGACCCACCUCUGAGGUUAAGGGGGUGAAGGCUUGAGUGGCUGCCUCCCCUAGGAGUCCUCCCUCAACCAAUCCAGACAUGGUGCUGGAUGAAAGGCUUCAGGGCUUCUUUAGGGUCCCAGGCUUCACAGAGAGAGCACUUUUGUCGUCUUAAAAGGUUAUUUGUUGCAAAGCUUUACUAAACUGCAGUGUGUGCAAACUUAUUUAUUUAUUGAGGUUGGCUAUGGCCAGCCCCCACUUCCCAGGUGGAAUGGGAGCUGGGGAGCCAGCAUCCUAGGGGGCAUAGGCCCACUUGGCCCUAAGGGUAUCCAUUUGGGCCCAGAGGAAGAGGCAGGAUAGGAGUUCCUUAGUCUCCGGGGCCUGGGGCAGAAGGCCAGUCAGGAAAGAAGAGGGGCCAGGCUGAGUCCAAAAAGGGUCAUCCCUUUACCCUUGGUCCCUUGGGUAGAAGCAUUUCAAAGUCUGAUUUAUUUAUUUAUUGGAAGUGUCAAGAGAGAGAAAGGUAUAGGCCAGGAGCAAAGAGCGACUACAAGAGAAGUAGUAUAAGUGAGUGAAAGGAGGCAGGAGGAAGGAAUCAGCUGCACCAAGCGGUCUGUCUGUUUUCUGAGGCUGGCCUUGGAGCCAUACCCAGAGCCCAGAUCGUUGGGGCCUGGCUAUGGUGAGGAAGUCAGCUUGGGCACCAGGAUUAGAGGCAGGAGCUGUCAAAGCCUGGUGGAGGUAGCAGUGGCACAGUAGGAGAGAGGCAUGUGUUUGUAGACAGGAGAGGCAAAGAAGUGACUUCUGGGGUGAGAUGGAAGAGGCUUGUCCCCUCACCCCAGUCCUGCCAUGUGAGGUUGAGAAUAAAGUUAGCACAGGCCUAAAGCAGCCUCAGGAGCAUACUUUGCUUCUGGCCUGAAGCCUGACUUGGGCAUUUUUUUUUUUGGCUUGAGGAAUGGAGAGAGGGAAGGAGGCAUAGUCUCUGUCCGCAAGUUCUCCGCUGUCUCUGCCCAGAACUGGUAUGCUCCAGUGUCUGGGGACGCAGCCCUCGUCACCAUGGCCUGACCAGAUUUCUCUUCAGGGUUCAGGACACAGUUGUCCCCCUCCUCUCCUUACUUUCCCAUUUGGAUGGUGGGAGGGGAAAGGACCCUGUUUGGGUUGGCCAGGGUCUCUGUGUGGUGGUGGGAUCUCCUAGGCAGGACGAGAAAGAGGAGAUAGUGUAGGGGAAGGGUUAGACUAUCACUGAACAGGAGGAAAUUAAAGGGGCAAAUUCUUGGCUCCCUACCUCUCUCCAAUCCCCCAAUUCCCAUUGUCUUCUCCAUUCCCUGUUCAAGUGGUGGAGACUUAGGUUUAUGGUCUGUGGGGACAGGGGUGGCCCAUUUGGUGCCAGCUUUUUGUCUUGGGGGGGUGGGCCAGCUGCUUAUAGGACUUAGUCCUCUCCCCAGCCACAGAUUUGCCUUUCAGACUCAAUAUCUUAUUGUGCUUUUGUUUCAAUAAAACUUUUGAAGGUG